GGAGUCGUGCCUCCGCUUGGAGGUCCCUCGGAGGAUCCCCCUCCGGUUGCAUCCCCAGCUCCGCAGGGCGAGAAGAAGAGGAGGAGGAGGCGAAGGAGGAGGAAGGAAGAGCCCCGUCCGGCUCCAGCUUCCUCCGCAAGCCCUGCCUCGGUGCUGGGUGCCCGCCCCCGGCCCUCCCCCGGCUCUCCCCGCCGCACGCACCCCCGCAGCCGCCCGAGCGGAGCCGCUUCCUCGGGGGGAGCCCCGUGCAACAGUUGCCCCGUAUCGCGGCCGGGAGAGGAUCCCUGUCGGCACCGGGAGGAGGAGAACGAAGAGACUCCGAGGGCAGGGGGAGAACCGCACGUAGCCGCCGCCGCCUCCCGGUACCGGGGCAGGAGCCCCGCUCGUACCGCGCCGGAGGGAUGGAGCGGAGCGGCGGGGACGUGGGGCGGCUCCGCACCGCCGGGCUCCGCCGUUCUCUUCUCCGACUACAAGAGAGGAGCAGCCCCGCCGCCGGGCACCCACCGCCCUGCUGAGCUGCGAGCCCUGUCCUGAAUCCCCAACUCCUUCUGCAUCCCCCUAAAUCCAUUUGUCAUCCUCUUUAUGUAUCGACCUGGACUCCUUCUGCAUCUCCUUACACCCAUUCUUCACCCCCUUUUUGCCUUCCUCUAAACUCCUGCAUCCCCCUAAACCUGUUCUUCAUUCCCUUUCUGCAUCCCCCAAACCCCUUGUGCUCUCCCAUCCUCUACUUCAACCUCUUGUGCACUUCAUAAGCCCCUUUUGUAACCCCUUUUGUAUCUCAUACUCCUUCUAUAUCCCUGUCUCCCUAAACCCCUUCUGCAUCCCCUUUGUGCAUUCCCCCAAACCCUUUGUGCGCCCCCACAUCCCCUUCUGCCACCUUCUUUGCACUCGCAAACCCCUUCUGCAUCCCCUUUUGUCCACCCCAAGACCCCUCGUGCACACCCCCAUCCCCUUCUGCAUCCUGCUGCACACACCCAGACCCACUGUGCAUCUCCUCCAUCCCUUUCUGCAACCCCCUAUGUGCUCAUAACCCCCUUCUUCAUCCCCUCUGUGCCUCCACCUUCUACCCCACCGUGUGUUUGCCAGCCCCAAGCCCUCACCUUUGCAUGCAGCCCCAAGGCUGUAGGAUCAGCUCACCAUGGGCACCAAGCAGACCAAGGGCUGCCAGCCGGGCAGCGCCGGGGAGAGCCCCCCAGCCCAUCACCGCAAGAAAACAUCCCCCAGGGAAAGGGGUGAUUUCCUCACCUCGUUGGUGGUGAAAUCGGGUGAGAAGUUCGGGAAGGGGACCAGCAGCCUCCCCCCGUAUCACCGGAGGAUCUGCAUGAUCCAGGACAUGCUGGGGCUGGUGAAGCAGGGCAAGCAGGAGGAGGCCACCGAGCUGCUCAGGCACCUGCGGCAGGAUUUAGGAAUGGAAUCGACCUCUCUGGAUGAUGUCCUCUACCGAUAUGCCAGCUUUCGGAACCUGGUGGACCCAAUCACUCAUGACCUCAUCAUCAGCCUCGCUAGGUACAUCCACUGCCCCAAGCCGGAGGGAGACAACAUUGGGGCCAUGGAGAAGCUCUGUCGGCAGCUCACCUACCACCUCAGCCCCCACUCACAGUGGAGACGUCAAGGCAUCAUGAAAAGGAAGCCACAGUCCUGUCUGAAAGCUGUACUGAUGGGGAAGCCCCAGGACAACACAGUGGACUUGUCGGGCAUCCCACUGACCCUUAAGGACCUGGAGCGCGUCACAUCGUACCUGCAGCACAGCUCGGAGCACAUCGACACGGUGGAGCUGUGCUUCACAGAGCUGACGGAUGAGAUGCUGCUGCAGCUGCUACCUGCGUUGUGUGGCCUUCCUCACCUCACCACGUUGUCCCUCAAUGGCAACCGGCUCACCAAAGCCAUCCUGCGGGACCUCACUGAAACCCUCAAAGACCCCAAGAAGUUCCCCAGCGUCACCUGGAUCGACCUCGGGAACAACGUGGAUAUCUUUUCCUUACCACAACCCUUCUUGGUCAGCCUGAAGAGGCGAUGCCCAAAGCAAGGCAACCUGCCCACCAUCUUAGAGUUUGGAGAAGGGCAGGUCAGCGAUUUGGAGAACCAAGAGGACCUGCGGGGUGAAAAUAGUGAUGAAACCCCAUUGGGCAAAGCAGAGGGCAGGACAGUGGAGGAGCAAGGCACCAAGACACCACAGACGUGACACUGGCUCCACGUUGGGUACAUUUUGGGUGACAAACCCAAGAUCUCCUCAUUAGAGGUCCUGGCAUGGGUGGAUGCAGGCGGUGGGAUGCUCAGGGAGCACAUUGCCUUCUUCCCCUGUGAUAUCACUGCUGCUCCCGUCAUGCAGAAGCGGUAUGGUGUUGUGUACUUGUAUCUCAUUCCCUGUUCACUGCAGGGCAGUUGGACUAGAUGACCCUGAUGGGUCCUUUCCAAUUCAAAUGAUUCUAUGAAAAGCCAGGAGGGUGUUUUUAAAUGGUAGAGCUGUGCUUUUUAACCUCUCCAAAUAUGAAUCGCCAAAGUGUUGGAACAUGAGGCCCUUAGAAGCACAGAGGGGAGCAGGGAGGCGACCAGAUCCAGCAGGAUCUCAGCCUGUCACCCCCACAUGACAAUGGACAGACAUCACCCCCAAACACUGCACAGAACUGCAACCCUUCCCCAUACCAACUUCAGGAGCUGCCUGGUGAGAUCAACAUAAAGCAUCAUGCCGCUCCGAGGGACCCCACUCCAAGCAGGGUGUUCCUAAUCCCAGCCCCACAGCAGAGCUUUGCUUUCCUUGUGCUGGCACAGAGCUGGGCCCUAGUACACUCAUCACCUGGGUGCUGCUCCCCUGCCUUACUGAGCCCAGGCUGGCCCUGCUGCCUGCCCAGUGCCCACCCAGCCCUAAAAUCCAGAUGCUCACCUGCUGUGAUGACCCCAGGGCUUCCCAUUCUUGCACUAGAGCCGGCGGUGCAUUUUGGGGAGCAAAAUGUAGCACCUGAAGCUGGGGCUCAGCUCAGGCUCGUUGCUGUUGCUGACAAAGGAGACCACGGUACUGAAGGUUUAUAUAAGAGAAAGAACAAACCUUGGGGCUCUUCCCUCUAUCACUGCCAUUCGGGCUGGAUGGAUGCAGCCAGCUGAAGGUCUGAAGCACAUGGAGGCUUUCAGGACACUUGGCUAUGUCCUUCCCCCUGGUCCAGAAGUGCUUUGUUUGUACAAUGCCGUUUUGGUUUUUGGGCUUGUUUUUAUUUUUAAUUAGAAACAUUCUUUUUCUUUCUGGAUGGAAAGCAGCUCCCAGCAGAGCACAGCAAUGCGCCCUUUGGCUCCUAAGCCAGAAUUUCACGUGAUUCAAUGGGUUGAUGGUUGGACUAAGAUGAUCUUAGAGGUCUUUCCAACCUGAAUGAUUCUAUGAUUCUAAACCCAAGGGAGGUCAGGAGGGUGGGAACCACUUCCCCUCCCUUAAACUCCACAGACCAAACAGCCUCCCCUUGCCAAGAGGGAUCUCACCUGCCCCUGCCCACAGCCCUUCCCCUGCACAGCUUUGCAGUAUCACUUUGCACUGGGAGCACUGACCUUUGGUUUUGCUUUUCUGAGUGCAAACAGCACCGUAAGCACUCAGGCCUCUCAUUUCAUCCUCAUUUCCCAUGGCUGCACCAGGAAGCUGCAUGCCUUGAUUGCAGGAGAAGGUGGGGGUUCAUGCUGACAGUUGUUGUUUAACCUCCAGGUACGUAACUUAGAAGAAGCUCUGCUGCUCGAUUUAAUACAUUUAGCACAGUUUCGGUAUGAUUUGCAUGUAUCUAAAGCCUUUUUUUGUUUGUUUGUUCGGUUGUUUUUUUAAUGCUAACCUCUUUCAACUGGCAUGAAAAACACUUCGCAGUGAAUCAACUGUUCUGUUCGAAAUAAAGGAGCUACCUGUAAUCAAAAUAAAAGCCAAUGUUUAAUAAAA